AUCUACCACCGCUCUCCCUCUCCCUCCCGGCCUGCACACGCACAAGCAGCGGCGAAGCCUUCUCUGCCUUCUUCGUUCCUCCUCUCUGUCUGCCAUGAAGCCCCCUCACUUCACCGGGGAGGCCGCCGCCGGCGCCUCGUGGGCUCACGAGGUCAAGCAGGCCCUCCGUGACAAGCUCCGGUGGGCACCCGCCGCGGGCACCACGGGCACCGGCGGCCACGGCGCCGCGAGGCCGCCGGCGGCCUCCUCGGCUGUGACGGCCGAGCCGGCGGCGCAGCCGGCCCACGGCGGCGCCGACUGCCGGGGCUUGGCCGCCGCCGAGGACCCCAUCCGGAGGGUCAUGUUCUUGGCCCCCUGGGGCCACACAUAAACGGAAAAGCAAGUGCACGCACGCACGGCCAUGCCCUGGCCGGAUCUGCAAUUGCACCUCAACCAAAAUAUGGACUACUACAUAUAUAUAUGUGGCCGUAUGGACCAUGCAUGAACUGAUGAUGAACAUGAACUCAUCAAGGACCAAUUAAAAACCGGGACUAGAUCGAUCGGGAGAAGAAGAUGUGGUGCUUGAGUUGUUUGUUCAUGUUUCUCUUGGAGAGAUGCAUGCAUGCACGGGGAGAUCUCGCCGUGACGGCCGGGUUCGUGCGUAUAUAUGGCCUAUGGGUGUUGCUGGCCCUGGGUUGAAGCUGCGCAAGAGCUAGCUGCAGCUUUGUUGUAGCCAUGAACCUGUUUUUUCUUUCUCUCCAGAAAUUCUGUACCAAGAGCCUGUGAAAAGCUAUGUGUGUAUGAGACUAUGAGCUAGUAAAAAAAAACUCUUCCUCCUUUCCA